GGAUAUAAAUACAGGCAAAUCUCCCCCACAGUCUUCUGAGUGCUAGGGAGGCGGAACCGAGACUCAAGGCAGACUUUUGCAGGGCAGGAGGAGAACCAAGCUCAAGAGACAGCAAGUUCACCACCAAGGAGCAACCCAGAGCAAUGUCCCUGGCUGGGGUAAGCUGCCUGGUGACAGGGGCAGGAGGAUUUCUUGGCCAGAGGAUUGUGAGCCUGCUGCUGGAAGAAGAGGAGGCGCUGGCUGAGAUCCGGCUGCUGGACAAAGCCUUCAGCGCUGAAGUGCUCGGGAGAUUUGAGAAGUUCAAGGGGAAGACUGAGGUGAAAAUCCUGGAAGGGGACAUCCGAGAUGUGACAUUCCUGCACCGUGCCUGCCAGGGGGUCUCCCUCGUCAUCCACACGGCUUCCCUCAUUGACACCCUGGGCCUCAUCGAGAAGAAGCUGCUCUGGGAAGUCAAUGUAACAGGUACUCAGCUGCUGCUGGAGGCGUGUGUCCGCUGUAACGUCCAGCACUUCAUAUACACCAGUACCAUAGAAGUGACAGGCCCAAACUGCAGAGGGGACCCAAUUUUCAAUGGUGACGAAGAUACAGCUUAUGAGAGCACAUCCAAAUUUCCUUAUGCCCAAAGCAAGAGACUGGCAGAGGAUUCUGUGCUGAAAGCAGAUGGCCAGGUGCUGAAGGAUGGUGGCACGCUGAUGACCUGUGCCCUGAGAUCUAUGUACAUUUUUGGGGAAGGCUGCCCGUUUCUCCAAGGCCAUCUGGAUAAGUGCCUGUUGAACAAGAACAUCUACUUGCGCUUCUCCAGGAAGGAGGCUCUGGUGAACCCCGUCUACGUGGGCAACAUCGCCUGGGCACACGUGCAGGCAGCCAAAGCCCUCCGAGCCCCACAGAAAGCCAAGCACAUCCGGGGCAAGUUCUACUACAUCUCAGAUGACACUCCUCACAUGAGCUACGCUGACCUGAAUUAUGAGCUGACCAAGGACCUGGGCUUUGGAAUUGAGCCCCGGCUCCCCAUGCCUCUGACAGUGCUCUAUUACUUCUCGCUGCUGCUGGAGAUGGUCAGCUUCUUGCUGCGGCCCUUUGUCAGAUAUGUCCCCUCCACUAACCGCCACCUGGUCAUGCUGCUGAACACCCCCUUCACCUUCUCCUAUAGAAAAGCACAGCAGGAUUUUGGCUACGUGCCCCGCUACACGUGGGAAGAGGCCAAGCAGGGCACUGGUGAGUGGAUUGCCUCUGUGAUCCCCCAGAGAAGGCUGUACUUGCAAAGCAGCACUGCCUAAGCCUGAAGAGGAGCUGAAACCCAGCUAAGCAAGUACAGGCUUGAGCCAGAGGAGAGCUGGGAGAGCAGCAGCAGCAGCAGCAAACUGCAAAGCAUUUAAAUUAAUACUUUGUGCAAGAGCCCACUGAAACCCCUCACCCCCAACCUCAGAAUAAAUAAAAGUGAAAUGUUCA